AUGCCUAUUCCACAAAAUCCGUGUUUUAGCGCGCUGGUGGUUUUGGUGUGGGUGGUGGUUUUGUGCGUGGGGAUUUUUGGGGAGGUACACACAAAUCGGUUUAUAAGUCGGGGGAGGUUUAGUGGGGGUUCGAGUUUUAGUGGGGGGAGCAAUAGUCGGGGAGAGACCGAUUUAAGGGAGGGGGGGGGGGGGGGGGGGGGGGGGGGGGGGGGGGGGGGGGGGGGGGGGGGGGGGGGGGGGGGGGGGGGGGGGGGGGGGGGGGGGGGGGGGGGGGGGGGGGGGGGGGGGGGGGGGGGGGGGGGGGGGGGGGGGGGGGGGGGGGGGGGGGGGGGGGGGGGGGGGGGGGGGGGGGGGGGGGGGGUGCGGGGGGGGGGGGGGGGGGGGGGGGGGGGGGGGGGGGGGGGGGGGGGGGGGGGGGGGGGGGGGGGGGGGGGGGGGGGGGGGGGGGGGGGGGGGGGGGGGGGGGGGGGGGGGGGGGGGGGGGGGGGGGGGGGGGGGGGGGGGGGGGGGGGGGGGGGGGGGGGGGGGGGGGGGGGGGGGGGGGGGGGGGGGGGGGGGGGGGGGGGGGGGGGGGGGGGGGGGGGGGGGGGGGGGGGGGGGGGGGGGGGGGGGGGGGGGGGGGGGGGGGGUGGGGGGGGGGGGGGGGGGGGGGGGGGGGGGGGGGGGGGGGGGGGGGGGGGGGGGGGGGGGGGGGGGGGGGGGGGGGGGGGGGGGGGGGGGGGGGGGGGGGGGGGGGGGGGGGGGGGGGGGGGGGGGGGGGGGGGGGGGGGGGGGGGGGGGGGGGGGGGGGGGGGGGGGGGGGGGGGGGGGGGGGGGGGGGGGGGGGGGGGGGGGGGGGGGGGGGGGGGGGGGGGGGGGGGGGGGGGGGGGGGGGGGGGGGGGGGGGGGGGGGGGGGGGGGGGGGGGGGGGGGGGGGGGGGGGGGGGGGGGGGGGGGGGGGGGGGGGGGGGGGGGGGGGGGGGGGGGGGGGGGGGGGGGGGGGGGGGGGGGGGGGGGGGGGGGGGGGGGGGGGGGGGGGGGGGGGGGGGGGGGGGGGGGGGGGGGGGGGGGGGGGGGGGGGGGGGGGGGGGGGGGGGGGGGGGGGGGGGGGGGGGGGGGGGGGGGGGGGGGGGGGGGGGGGGGGGGGGGGGGGGGGGGGGGGGGGGGGGGGGGGGGGGGGGGGGGGGGGGGGGGGGGGGGGGGGGGGGGGGGGGGGGGGGGGGGGGGGGGGGGGGGGGGGGGGGGGGGGGGGGGGGGGGGGGGGGGGGGGGGGGGGGGGGGGGGGGGGGGGGGGGGGGGGGGGGGGGGGGGGGGGGGGGGGGGGGGGGGGGGGGGGGGGGGGGGGGGGGGGGGGGGGGGGGGGGGGGGGGGGGGGGGGGGGGGGGGGGGGGGGGGGGGGGGGGGGGGGGGGGGGGGGGGGGGGGGGGGGGGGGGGGGGGGGGGGGGGGGGGGGGGGGGGGGGGGGGGGGGGGGGGGGGGGGGGGGGGGGGGGGGGGGGGGGGGGGGGGGGGGGGGGGGGGGGGGGGGGGGGGGGGGGGGGGGGGGGGGGGGGGGGGGGGGGGGGGGGGGGGGGGGGGGGGGGGGGGGGGGGGGGGGGGGGGGGGGGGGGGGGGGGGGGGGGGGGGGGGGGGGGGGGGGGGGGGGGGGGGGGGGGGGGGGGGGGGGGGGGGGGGGGGGGGGGGGGGGGGGGGGGGGGGGGGGGGGGGGGGGGGGGGGGGGGGGGGGGGGGGGGGGGGGGGGGGGGGGGGGGGGGGGGGGGGGGGGGGGGGGGGGGGGGGGGGGGGGGGGGGGGGGGGGGGGGGGGGGGGGGGGGGGGGGGGGGGGGGGGGGGGGGGGGGGGGGGGGGGGGGGGGGGGGGGGGGGGGGGGGGGGGGGGGGGGGGGGGGGGGGGGGGGGGGGGGGGGGGGGGGGGGGGGGGGGGGGGGGGGGGGGGGGGGGGGGGGGGGGGGGGGGGGGGGGGGGGGGGGGGGGGGGGGGGGGGGGGGGGGGGGGGGGGGGGGGGGGGGGGGGGGGGGGGGGGGGGGGGGGGGGGGGGGGGGGGGGGGGGGGGGGGGGGGGGGGGGGGGGGGGGGGGGGGGGGGGGGGGGGGGGGGGGGGGGGGGGGGGGGGGGGGGGGGGGGGGGGGGGGGGGGGGGGGGGGGGGGGGGGGGGGGGGGGGGGGGGGGGGGGGGGGGGGGGGGGGGGGGGGGGGGGGGGGGGGGGGGGGGGGGGGGGGGGGGGGGGGGGGGGGGGGGGGGGGGGGGGGGGGGGGGGGGGGGGGGGGGGGGGGGGGGGGGGGGGGGGGGGGGGGGGGGGGGGGGUGGGGGGCUGCGUCGGGAGCGGGUAUGGAGUGGAGGGAGGACCCUGGGGUGCUGGUCGUCGGCAUGGCACACCCGGGGAGGCGCGUUGAGGAUGCGGGCUUUGUCUCAGGUUGGACGUAGUGGUAUUGGGGGGGCAGAGAGGCGGGGCGGGUGGGCGGGGCAAGCAGUGUGA